UACAGGCUACCAUACAACGGAAGUACCUGUGACGUGAACGCUCGGAGUACUUUGUUUGUAAAAGGUAACAUCAAAGAUUGUCUAGGUAGCUUUAUUAACCGUCUCUGGUAACAUGUCCUCAAAACAAAAUUGAUGUUAAGAAAGCGAAUCUUACCUUCAACAACUUUGCUUUGUUUUCCAGUCACGUCGGUUUUGGAACUAGGUUGUUCAGAGGCAAAUAGUUAAACUCGCGAGCGAACGUUGACAGUAACUGUUUAGCAGCUAGUUAAUUUCUUAUGUUUGUGUUGGAUCGACUGACACUCAACUACAUAUUCUAAUGGCCAACGAGCGUCUUCGUGCUUUGGAGGAUGUCGAGAAAGAGAUUGCAAUCAUUCUUCAUUGUGCCGGAACUAUUGUUGUGGAAUUGUCAAAGGACAAGCACAAUGCCAGCCUCAUCGAUCGGCAGCUCAGUCAAUUCAUAGCCUCAGUCAACAGAGUGGAGAACGAGCUGAGCUCUCAAAUUCGCUACCUCACACAGGUCGCUACUGGUCAACCACACGAGGGCUCAACGUACUCUGCCCGCAAGGACUGCCAGAUGGCGCUCAAUAGAGCAGAGUACACGCGGAUGAAGCUUGGGGAACUGGCCCGUACAUGUGAGAUCAUGUUGGACCCACAGACCUGAUCUUUCCUCUUUGAUUGUUAGUAGUUAUUGUCUUUGUGUUGUCAAGUAGGAGUAAAGGUAUGAUUUUGUUAUAAA